AUGUACGGCACGAUUACCGAACUCAUGGAAACGGCUGUCACUUUACCUGAGAAUAUCUCGGAUGUACAACGAGAUAAAAAGUUAAAGGCCAUCCAAACUCGCUCCGACGACCGCCUUACGAUGUGCUCUAACGAGAUACCCGGUAUUCUUGACUGCAUCAACGAUUGUCUUACAGAGGAUGGGCCAAGGUCGUUUCCCCGUCAGGCUGUACAGAAGGCAUUCGACAAAUCUGAUGAUUUUGUUAGCUAUUACCAAAAGGGCAAGACCUCGAUGCUAAGCUACGGAGUUGUUGUAGUCAAGGGAAUUUCUCUGCUGCAAAUGGCUUAUGAUGCUCCGAACGUGGACUUUUCCGAAGGCACACUUACAAUCCGACGCCAAAAGGAUAAACUCGAUGGGCAAGAGCGGCUUUUUAAAGCAGUCGUUGGAGAUAAUACUGUCAGACUGGUUGAAUGCGCUCUUUUACGGCCUUCGUCUACCCGCGUCACGCUCCUUUCUAAUGAGGGUUUCGGAACCGGACCAAAACGUCCAAGUAUCGGUGAUGUUACCUCACUGUCCAUAUUCACAGGGAAUCGUAUCCCGAUCCAUCGAAGAUCAGAAGACCCAGAUAUAGACAAGAUGAGAUCGAUGUGGAAUAUGCCAUUUGGUUGUGGAUUCGAUGCCCAUCUCAGACAUGCUGUCAGAUUCGUAUACUUCAGCUCCGGACGGUGUCUGUCGCAUAACGGGCCAGAUCUAUCGAUCGUCAAAAAUGACGGGCAAUUCACCAGCCAUUCUGUUUAG